UUUAAAAGCUGUAUUUUUUUGGUUCUUUUUCGCUGCAAAAUGGCUCAUCUCUUCAGAGAGCUGUCUCUGGGUCACUCCAAGAGAGAGACAACGACACCGCCGCCGGCGACUUCACGGUCGUCUUCAAUGGCUUCCGUUAUACCUUCCGAUUUACCUCCAUCACCUCUCGGACAACUCGCCGUCCAGCUUCCCGAAUCCGAUCUCCGUUUCACUGCCUACGAGAUCUUCGUCGCCGCAUGCCGUAGCGCCACCGGGAAACCUCUCUCAUCUGCUGUUUCAUCAGUCGCCGUUCCUAAUCCAGACUCUCCGAUCAAGGGCGGCUCUCCUGCUUCUCCGGCAAUCCAGCGUUCCCUCACCGCAGCCGCAGCAAGUAAGAUGAAGAAGGCCUUGGGGAUGAAGUCGUUGUCCUCGUUAUCACCUGGAUCUACGAAGAGCCCUGGCUCGGGUCCUGGUUCGGGUUCUGGUUCGGGUGGUAAGUCGAAGCGUCCCACUACUGUCGGCGAGCUCAUGCGGAUCCAAAUGCGAGUAUCGGAGACCGUCGAUUCUCGCGUUCGUAGAGCUUUCCUUAGGAUCGCUGCUAGUCAGGUUGGACGGAAGAUUGAGUCAGUGGUUCUUCCUUUAGAAUUGUUACAACAGCUAAAGUCUUCUGAUUUCACUGAUCAACAAGAAUACGAUGCGUGGCUCAAGAGAUCGUUGAAGGUUCUUGAGGCAGGUCUUCUCUUGCACCCUCGUGUACCACUGGACAAGACGAAUUCUUCUCAUCGACUGCGACAGAUCAUUCAUGGCGCAUUAGACCGGCCUUUGGAGACCGGAAGGAACAACGAGCAGAUGCAGAGCCUUCGAUCCGCGGUCAUGUCUCUCGCCACUAGAUCCGAUGGCUCUUUCUCUGACUCUUGCCACUGGGCUGAUGGCUCUCCGUUUAAUCUCAGGCUCUACGAACUGCUUCUAGAAGCGUGCUUCGAUUCCAACGACGAGUCAUCAAUGGUUGAGGAAGUCGACGACCUUAUGGAACAUAUCAAGAAGACUUGGGUGAUUCUUGGAAUCAACCAAGUGCUUCAUAACCUCUGUUUCACUUGGCUUUUGUUCUCUCGCUACGUUGUAACCGGACAAGUAGAUAUGGACCUACUUCACGCUUGUGAUGCUUCUCUAGCAGAAGUUGCUAAAGAUGCAAAGACAACAAAGGAUCCUGAAUACUCUCAAGUGUUAAGUGCUACGCUUAGUGCUAUAUUAGGCUGGGCUGAGAAGAGACUACUCGCAUACCACGACACCUUUAAUCGAAGUAAUGUUGGUACUAUGGAAGGAAUUGUUUCUUUAGGUGUAUCAGCAGCUAGGAUCUUGGUUGAAGAUAUAUCUAACGAGUAUCGUAGAAGAAGGAAAGGAGAAGUCGAUGUAGCUCGUACUAGGAUCGAGACAUACAUCAGGUCAUCACUACGAACUGCUUUUGCUCAGAGAAUGGAGAAAGCAGAUUCGAGCAGGAGAGCAUCGAGGAACCAGAAGAACCCUCUUCCUGUUCUUGCUAUACUCGCUGAGGACAUUGGUGAGUUAGCUGUUCAAGAAAAACGGAUGUUUAGUCCGAUAUGGAAGAGAUGGCAUCCGUUUGCUGCAGGAGUCGCUGUGGCUACGCUUCAUGUUUGUUACGGAAACGAGAUUAAACAGUUUAUAUCGGGAAUAUCUGAAUUGACGCCAGACGCGGUUCAGGUAUUAAGAGUUGCGGAUAAGCUAGAAAAGGAUCUGGUGCAGAUUGCAGUAGAGGAUUCUGUUGACAGUGAUGAUGGUGGCAAAGCGAUUAUCCGUGAGAUGCCUCCUUUUGAAGCGGAGACUGUUAUUGCUAAUUUGGUCAAAGACUGGAUUAAGGCAAGGAUAGAGAGACUUAAGGAAUGGGUUGACAGGAAUUUGCAGCAGGAGAACCAAGGAGGAUAUGCACAAUCUGCUGCCGAAGUAUUGAGGAUUACUGAUGAAACUUUAGAAGCGUUUUUUCAGCUUCCCAUACCAAUGCAUCCUGCUGUAUUACCUGAUUUAAUCAUUGGUGUUGACAAAUAUCUUCAGUAUUAUGUCUCAAAAGCGAAAUCUGGUUGCGGCUCUCGAACUACAUACAUGCCAACAAUGCCUGCACUAACCCGAUGUACAACGGAAUCAAAGUUCCAAGGUGUAUGGAAGAAGAAAGAAAAGGCAGUUCCUUCUCAGAAGAGAAACUCUCAGGUUUUGAUUGCCAACGGGGAGAAUUCAUUUGGUGUAACGCAGAUAUGUGUCAGGAUAAACAGCUUGCACAAAAUCCGCAGCGAGCUCGAUGCUGUGGAGAAGAGAGUGAUAACACAUUUGAGAAACUGUGAGUCCGCUCACACCGACGACUUCUCAAACGGCUUAGGGAAAAAGUUUGAGCUCACACCAGCUGCUUGCAUUGAAGGUGUUCAACAGCUGUCUGAGUCUCUAGCUUACAAAGUCGUCUUCCAUGACUUAAGCCACGCGUUAUGGGACGGGUUAUACAUCUGUGACCUCUCGUCCUCUAGAAUCGAGCCUUUCCUUCAAGAGCUCGAACAGAAUUUGACAGUCGUAGCAGAGACGGUACACGAAAGAGUCCGAACGCGGAUCAUUACGGAUAUCAUGAGAGCUUCUUUCGACGGAUUCUUGCUUGUCCUGCUCGCCGGAGGACCAUCUAGAGCUUUUACGAUACAAGACUCUCAGAUUAUGGAAGAAGAUUUCAAGUCUAUGAAAAAUUUGUUUUGGGCUAACGGAGACGGUCUAGCUAUGGACCUGAUCGAUAAGUUCUCGACCACGGUCAGAGGCGUGAUGCCUCUGUUCAGUACAGACACGGAGAGUUUAAUAGAGAGGUUCAAGGGGAUGACGCUUGAAGCAUACGGUUCUUCGGCUAAAUCUAGGCUUCCUUUGCCUCCGACUUCAGGGCAGUGGAAUGGUAUGGAGCCAAACACUGUCUUACGAGUUUUGUGUUACCGUAAUGAUGAAUCUGCGACGAGGUUUCUGAAGAAGACGUAUAAUCUGCCGAAGAAGCUCUAGUGUGAAGACUAGUAGAGCUUUGAAUAACCUCACAAGAUAUAUUGUGUUCCACUUGGAGGGAGCAUCCGAGAUUUGUAUAGUGAGUUUCAUUUUUUUUCUUUGAUUAUUUGUUUUGCGUUUUUUUAAUGUUUCUAUACGUACUCUAUAUUCAUUUAUAUAUCGUUUGUUAUUAUUUAUUUUUGAAGAAUAUAUAUAAAAUAACUUAUUCGAUGUAGCUACAACCAGCCUACCAUUGUUUAUUUAUUAACAUGUAUUUCUGUGGCAAAAUUAUUAGUGUCUGUUAAUU